AUGAAGCUAGAAAUUAUGGUGCUAAUGCUGCUACGAGGCAAAGCUAAUAUCCCAGAAAUUAUGGCAAUGGGCACAUGCCCCACAGGCCAUUUUAUCAUUCUAGAACUCGUUGGAAGGAACUUAAGUGACCUUAGACGCCAAUUACCUCAUAAGAGACUAACUCCGGGAACUCUGUAUCGGUCUAUGAUUCAGGCUAAUAUCCCAGAAAUUAUGGCAAUGGGCACAUGCCCCACAGGCCAUUUUAUUAUUCUAGAACUCGUUGGAAGGAACUUAAGUGACCUUAGGCGCCAGUUACCUCAUAAAAGACUCACUCCGGGAACUCUGUAUCGGUCUAUGAUUCAGGUACUUCUAAAAUAUGCCUCUUAUAAGGAGAAGAUACUUAAUUGAAG